CUCUGCACGCUGAACUUGAGAAUGGAGCAGACUGAGAAACCAAAAGCACCUGCUGAGAAAGGACUCUUGGAAAAGAUAAAGCUAUGCCUUUCAAAGAAACCGCUGCCAUCUCCCACUGAACGGAAGAAGUUUGACCAUGACUUUGCCAUCUCUACUUCCUUUCAUGGGGUCCACAAUAUUGUUCACAACCAGAGCAAAAUUCGCAAGCUGAUCUGGUCGGUGAUAGUCUUGGGCUCAGUCUCACUCGUCGUAUGGCAGAUCUACAGUCGCUUGGUCAACUACUUCACAUGGCCCACCACAACAUCUAUAGAGGUUCAGUACGUGGAAAAGAUCGAGUUCCCGGCUGUGACAUUUUGUAAUUUAAACAGGUUCCGAACAGAGGCUGCAGCCAAAUUUGGUGUUAUUUUUUUCUUAUGGAAUAUCGUGUACAAAGUCGUCCAUCUUCAGGAAAUCAGGUCCAAUUACUCUGGCUUUAAAGAUGCUACUGAUUUUCUUGAAAGUCAUCAAAACUUCAGCAUUACAGAGUUUGUUAAAAAAAAUGGUUUUUACCUCAACAAUAGAACUCUGUUGGAAUGUAACUUUUUUGGAAAGCCAUGUGGUCCACAGGACUUCGCACAUGUAUUCACUGAAUAUGGAAAUUGUUUUACUUUUAAUCAUGGUGAAAAUAUUCAAGCAAAGGAAAAAGUGAGUGUCUCUGGAAGAGGCUUAAGCUUGCUCUUCAAUGUCAAUCAGGGGGAAUUCACUGAUGACCCAGCCCUUGGCUUUGUUGAUGCUGGAAUCAUCUUUGUUAUCCAUUCACCAAAGAAGGUGCCACAGAUUGAUGGUUUAGGCUUGUCGUCACCUGUGGGGAUGCACGCACGGGUAACAAUCCGCCAAGUCAAGACAGUUCAUCAAGAACACCCUUGGGGAGAAUGCAACCCUAACAUCAAGCUACAGAAUUUUAGUACUUACAGCACUUCUGGUUGCUUGAAGGAAUGCAAAGCUCAGCACAUACAAGAGCAAUGUGGAUGCAUACCUUAUCUGCUUCCUGGAAAUGGGACAGAGUGUGACCUACAAAAGUUUUACAACUGUGUUUCUCCUACACUUGAUCUCAUUGAAUUGAAGGGAUUAUGUACAAUGGGAACACAUAAUUCUAGCUGCCCUGUUUCUUGUGAAGAAACAGAAUAUCCUGCUACUAUAUCUUAUUCUACUUUUCCAAGCCAAAAUGCUUUGAAAUAUCUUUCAAAGAAGUUAAAUCAAAGUCAGGAAUAUAUCAGGGAGAAUCUUGUGAACAUUGAAAUAAACUAUAGUGACUUAAACUAUAAGAUAACUCAGCAGCAAAAAGCAGUGAGUGUGUCUGAGUUACUUGCAGAUGUUGGCGGCCAGCUGGGCCUAUUUUGUGGGGCCAGUAUGAUUACAAUUAUAGAAAUUAUUGAAUAUAUAUUCACCAAUUUCUACUGGAUAUGCAUUUUGUUCUUGCUGAAGAUACCCAAAAUGACACAGGGGGCUCCUCCACCUGGGCAUCAUCUGGAGAAGAGAAAUCACAUAGAAGAAUGCUAA